UUGAGACCUAGUAUUUAUACCACAGGCCACAGAUGAUGCUGCAUACCUUAAGUCAACAUAGUGACUUAACUUGGACCAACUCUUCGCUUAUUUCUGGUCUUUUUCUAUGAUGGCUUUCAAAGCUACGCUCUUUUUGCUCACCACUUUUCUUGUGGUUACUUCAAUAGCUGCUUAUGUCGAAGUCCCAGCACACGCUCCUGCUAAGGUUCCGGCUCAUUCACCAGCUAAUCCACCGCCCGUGAAGGCACCAACUCUUGCUCCUCCAGCAAAGCCACCUACUUAUUAUCACGCGCCUCCGCCAAAGGCACACGCCCCCGUGCCCCAACCAUCUCAUGCACCAUCUCAUCAUGCUCCUCCAGCGAAGGCACCAGCUCAUGCACCACCAUCUCAUGCACCAGCUCACGCACCACCAGCUUAUGCACCACAGUCACCCACUUAUUAUCAUGCGCCUCCGCCAAAGGCGCACGCCCCCGUACCCUCACCAUCUCAUCAUGCUCCUCCAGCGAAGGCACCAGCUCAUGCAUCACCAUCUCAUGCACCAGCUCAUGCACCAAAGCCACCCACUUAUCAUCAUGCACCUCCACCAAAGGCACACGCUCCCGUGCCAUCAGUUCAUGAGCCACCCACUUAUGCACCAUCGCCCUCAGUGAAGUCAAAAGAGGAUUGCACCCCCUUAUGUUUUCAGAGAUGCCGCUUAGCUAAAAGUAAGAGAAUGUGCAUGAGAGCAUGCACGGCAUGUUGUGCCCGCUGCAAGUGUGUUCCUCCAGGAACAUAUGGUAACAGGGAAAAAUGUGGCGAGUGCUACAAUGAGACGACCGCUCACGGCCAAAGAUACAAGUGCCCUUAAAAUUAACAGCCUUUAGCCUAUAUCACUUGCUAGUUAUAUUAAUAUUGUCUGUAUCGCAAAGGUGUGAAAAUAAUUUGUUUUCCAAUGUUCUUUCAAUCUUUUUACUACUUCCUGAAGAAAUAAAUUUGUGCUUAUGGUGUUAGGCCAAGUCUUGUAUGCUUGGUGCCUACUAAUUAAUAGUAAAACAUGCAUUCCCAUUUA